AUGCCCGUUCGAGAUGCAGCAAGAACGAGUAUCUUGUCUAGAAACUGGAGGUAUAUUUGGUCUUCACUCCCACAUCUUGUGCUUAAUAAGCACUUCUUUCCAGAUAUCAUCUGCAACAACCCACUCUAUGCAUAUACGCUUGUGAGCGUAAUCAGUGAUAUACUGUUACUUCACAGCGGCACCAUUCUGAAAUUUUCUCUCUACAUUCCAAACAUACAUUAUGAUUGGGACCUGCAUGUCACUCAGUGGCUAUUGUUCCUUUCACGGAAUGGUAAGAAGGAACUCAACUUGGAUAAUCAGAAUGUUAAAUCCUAUAAGUUGCCUUCUUAUGUUUUCUCUUGUCCAGAAUUGACACAUUUGAAGCUCCGUAACUGCAUAUGUAAACUGCCAGAGGCGUUUGUUGGGUUUCGUAGCCUAAUUAGCCUUCAGUUCGAGAAAAUGGCAUUUGCUGCCAAUAUAUUUGGAACUCUUGUCCCCAGUGUGCCAUUGCUCGAGACUUUGAACUUUUCAGGCUGCACUGGCAUUGAACAUUUUAAUAUCCAUUUCCCAAAACCCAAAACCUUUGUUGCCACUGAUAGUCGCAAUGUUGAAUCAAUCUCUUUCCAAAGUACCUCAAACCUGACCAUGAUCUGUAUUGCAUUGGGAAAGAAAGCUGAAAACCCUGGGCUACACAGUACAAUCAAUUUGAAAAAGUUUCUUGAAAAUUUGCCUAGAAUUUUGAAGAUUUGUUUUGAUGGAUUUUUCCUUAAGCUUUUGGCUGCAGGUUCUAUUGUUGUUCCAUGGGUGCUUUCUAUUCCUUUCAACCAACUGAAGCAUCUUGUGUUUGCUAAACUAAGAUUUGAUGAUGUGGAUCAGAUGUCAUGUGUUCUUUGCUUGCUCAGAAGUUCUCCUAACUCGAAGAAACUCUGCAUAACAGCCUCUGCAGUCAGGGACCAUGCUGUAGAACCGGUUCCAAGAUACUUGGAAGCACUAGGCUGCAUGUACCAGCAGUCGAACCAACUUUGA